UGUAAUGUAACAUAAAGAGUCCCACACAGCUGAAUCAAAUUUCUCACCUCCAACAUCAGAAAUCCCAACAACGAAAUAUUAUGUCGACGGCUAAAGAAAGCGAUCGGCCGGAAUUCGACCUCAAGACGGAGCUCAGCCUCGCCCUCCCCGGUGGCGCGAAGCGUGGCUUCGCGGAGACGGUGGAUUUGAGCCUGGAAAACAGCUCUGAAGAUGAAUUAAGUGUCGUUACGCAAUCUGAUUCGAAUCAGGUUGUGGGGUGGCCACCAGUGAGAUCAUACAAAAAGAAGGUGACGAAAAAAGGCAGCAAAUUUGUGAAGGUGGCAAUGGAUGGGGCUCCAUACCUUAGAAAAGUUGAUCUUCAACUUCACAAUAGCUAUCAAGAAUUAUUGGGUGUAUUUGAGGACAUGUUUACAUUCUUGACUAUAUUUGUGAAUGAGAGAAAGAUGGUGGAUUCUUCAAAUGGCUUAGAAUAUGUGCCAACUUAUGAAGACAAAGAUGGAGAUUGGAUGUUAGUUGGAGAUGUUCCUUGGAAAAUGUUUGUUGAAUCAUGCAAGAGGUUGAGGUUGAUGAAAAGCUCUGAGGCCAUUGGAUUAGUAUGAUAAGUGGCUUGAUGCGAGGAUGAAUUAUUUGCUUCAGUAACCAUAUUUCAAUUUCUUUGAACUAUUUACAUUUUUUUUUGUUAUUUUUGUUAAAGCAGUUCCAAAGCAUCAUUAAGUGCUUGAUAUAGAAGUGAUUCUUGGCAA